GACCCUGGUCUUAUCUGCUCAUCGACCUCCGUGCCAAGCCUGUGUGACGUGGUUUCAGUGCUGCUACCACCGCAGGGAGAGGAGGUCUGGGGUGCCUCCAGGCGAAGGGCGCGCAUUACCGCGGCUGCGCGAGCGCGAGCGUCUCCGCCCCGACCGACGCGUAGAUGGACCUGUCCGGGGAGCCGCUGAGGCGACACGCAAGUCGAGCCGUACGACUUCGGGUUCCUGAAGGUCUCCGACGUCCACACCAUCCACUACGAGAAGUCCGGGAACCCCCAGGGCCAUCCGGUGGUCUUCUCGACAAUUUCAGAGCCGGCACGUCGCCCGACAACAGAAGAAUCUUUGACCCGGAGUUCUAUAAGAUUGUUCUGUUUGACCAGAGGGGUGCGGGCAGAAGCACUCCCCAUGCUUGUUUGGUGGAGAACACUACUUGGGACUUGGUAGCUGACACUGACAAGCUCAGGGAACAUCUUGAUAUCCCGGAAUGGCAGGUGUUUGGUGGUUUAUGGGGAAGCACAUUGGUCCUUGCUUACAGCCAGACUCACCCUGAUAAGGUCACUGGCGUUGUUCUAAGAGGAAUUUUCUUGCUUAGGAAGAAGGAGCGGUUCUAUGAGGGUGGUGCAGCAGUCAUUUUCCCAGAUGCAUGGGAAUCAUUUAGAGAUUUUAUUCCUGAGGAUGAAAGGAAUUGUUUCAUAGCUGCCUAUAGCAAAAGUUUAACUUCAUCCGAUGCUAAUGUUCAGGUUGAAGCUGCUAAGAGAUGGACUAUGUGGGAGAUGAUGACUGCACAUCUUAUCCAAAAUCAUGAUGACGUUAAACGAGGGGAAGAUGACAAGUUUUCAUUGGCAUUUGCAAGAAUUGAAAACCACUAUUUUGUGAAUAAGGGAUUUUUGCCCUCAGACUCGUACCUUUUAGACAAUAUUGACAAGAUUCGACAUAUUAAAGCUUUUAUUGUACAGGGGCGGUAUGAUGUUUGUUGUCCUAUGAUGUCCUCUUGGGAUCUUCAUAAAGCUUGUCCUGAAGCAGAAUUUAAGGUGGUCCCUGAUGCAGGACACUCGGCCAAUGAAAAAGGAGGUAUUGCUGCUGAACUGGUAUCAGCUAACGAAAAGCUGAAAGACAUGUUGAGAAAAUGAGCAGGCUAGAGGUAUUGUUUCUGAUGAUGAAAUUCAGAAGCAAUUUCACUUCUCUAUUUGGGUCGCCUUGUAGGAAGUGCGCAAUAAGGCAUGGUAUUAGCAGGCAGCACACCCUGAUUGUAUGUGUAAAAAAUAUCAAACAUUCCUUUCACAGUCAGCAGGCUGGACUCCAGGGUAUCUUUCAGAAAUGGAUUGUUUCUUCGUUGUCCACUGGCAUGUAAAUAAA